AUGAACAAACUCGCAAGCAUGCGUCACUGGCCCGAGCGGAUGAGCCCUGCCAACUUCAGCAUGUCUCGGGCCAACAUGGGCAUGCAGGCCGCCAUCAACCCGCGCAGAGAUCUCGCCGCUCAGCCGCCGCCGCCCCCCAUAGCCGCGCCGCCCCUGGCCGACGGGCCCAUCUUCUACAGCUUCAACGUGCCCCUCUCAUCCGAUCUCGCCGGCCCGGAUACCGAGGACAUCCUGCACGCCACUACCGACGCCGUCCUGCGCUGGACACACCCCGCCGAGGCCCCCGACGACGUGCCUGUAUAUGAGCUGCCCGUGCACCAGCAGAACCUGGCCCAGCUGCGCCAGCUGUGUCGUGAUAUUACCGCGAACCCGCUGCCCAUCGAGGCGCAUGUUAUUUCGACUACCCCGAAGCAUGUGCGCGGUCAGGUUACCACCGUGUGUCUGUCUGGCGCUCCCGAAGUCGUCUACCAGACGCGGGAGACUAUUUUGAACUCGGUUCCUCUUGGACUGCGCUGCACUGAGGUCGUUGUCGAUGGGCACCUGGUUGCCAACCUGUCCGAAGGCGUCCUUAAGAAGCCGGUGAUGGACUUUCUGGACGAGACAUCGUCUUUCUGUGGCGUCGACAUCUUCCUGCUCGGCCCCAAGCUGACCCCGCUCGGUGGCAGUUUGGAAGCUGAUGUCGACUCACGCCGCGACCAGCGCUGGCGUGUGGCCAUCUACGGCGACUACCUCUCGUCUGAACAUGCGAAGACACGCGUGCUCAUCCAUAUUGACCAACUUCUCGGGAGGAUCGUUGAUGCCGUCAAGUUUGACUCGUCCCUGCAUCAGAUCGUGUGCGGCCGCAACCGCAAGAACAUCAAGCUCAUCGAGUCCAUGACCAACACGGCCAUCUACUUCCCGCCACCCUUCUCUCAGUGUUACCGGUACUGCCCGCCGAAGGCUCAGCGCCGCGACCCCACCGAGAUCUUCAUCACGGGCGAGAACCCGCAGAACAUAGAGCAGGCCAAGUUCCGGCUGCACGAGCUGCUUGCCCGCAUGCGCAUUUUCGUCAAGGACGUCACGAUCCUGCCGUCCAAGAUCGAUAGCAUCCUGCUCACCCGCAUGGACAAGGUGCGCAAGAUCAUCGAGGCCAACGGCACCUUUAUCAUGUUUCCGACCCUGGGUGCCCGUCAGUUGGCUGUGCGCGGCCAGGCCCUCGAGAAUCUGCACGUGGAACGGUCUAUUCGCGAGUUGAUGUCUUUGCCGGUGCUCAACCAGCCGAGCCCGAUCGACAUCCGCGCCAUGCUGGGCGACAUCUGCGCAAACUCGGACGCCGAGGUCGCCUUCGACCGCCAAUCUUUCCAGAUCACCGGCUCGGACGAGUCGGUCAAGGCCGCCCUGAUGGUCAUCUCGCAGAUCAAGUUCGCCUUGCACGCCCCGUACCAGAUCCGGGUGCGCAUCGAGCUGGCGAACGAGCACAAGGAGUUUGUCAGCGGCAAGAAGAACGGCAAGAUCAACAAGAUCAUGGGCCAGAGCAACGUGCAGAUCAUGUUCGACAACUUUGGCGAGUACAACUUCAACAUCGAAGUCAUUGGCAACACGUACGAGUCCCUGAAGCAGGGCUUGACCCUGGUCGAGCAGGAGAUGCCCGCCUCCAUCUCGUUCCACGUGCCCGACCAGUACCACAAGCGCAUCAUCGGCAUCGGCGGCCAGCACAUCCAGCGCAUCAUGAAGAAGCACUCGGUCUUUGUCAAGUUUUCGAAUGCCAUGGAUCGGGGUAAGUGGCUCGAGUUCGAGGCUGGGGGCAGGCUAACAGGCGAAGGUGGUUUAGGCCGCGAUGAUGAUGACAGCAGAGUGGACAACGUCAUCUGCCGCACGCCCGCCCGUAACGCGCAAAACCUGGAGCUUGUCAAGAGCGAGAUCCUCGAGAUGGUCGACCGCGUCGACUCGGAGUUCACGUCGCAGAUUGUCAACGUCGACCGCCUGUACCACCGCCAGCUGCUGACCCGCCUGCCCGAAAUCGAGGAGCUGGAGCGCAAGUGGAACUGCAAGAUCAACUUUCCCAGCACCGAGCAGGCCAGCGACGAGAUCACCGUUACUGGUCCACAGUGGCUGGUGCCGAAGUGCAUUGAUGCGUUUUUGGGCAUGGUCCCCGACAAGCACGAGCUCGUGUUGGAGCGGUCAACGCCGCUCAUCAAGUUCUUGGAGUCGCCCGAGUUUGUGCAGACGAUCGUGCCGAAGCUCAAGACGCAGUACGAGAUUGACCUCACCGUGCACGAGGACCCCAAGGAGCGCACCGUCGACGGCGCGCAGACGGUCACGUUGCUGUGGCAGUUCACCCGCAACAGCGCCCCGGGCCUGCGCGACGCCAUGGACUACCUGCAGACGCAGUUUGCCACGGCCAACGUGGAGCCGGUCGUUGUGCGGGGUGCUAUUCCGCGUCCCAAGUCGGACACCUUCGAGGAGGCGCUGCCUUACUUCAACGCCAAGGUGCUGCAGCAGGCGCCGCCGUCAGUGGCAACGGACUCGCCGACUCGCUCUGGCUUCGGCGACGAGGUGGCCCGCGAGAAGAGCAACCUGCUGGCGUGCCUGCGCAAGCCGGGCAGUAUGUCGUCCAUCUCGUCGUUCCUGGACCGGCGCAAGAACAGCUCGCAAAACGCAAGCAGCUUCUUCAAGGGGUCCAGCAACGUGUCCAAGUCGUCGCUUAUCUCCAUCGAGUCGACGCGCAGCUUCAACGCGGACCGCAACCCUUGGAACGAUAGCGGCGUCAACUUGCCCGAGGAUGACCACAACAUCUGGGGCCCGCCUACCAACCCUUACGGCAACGGUGUCGACAACAAGCUGACGGUGCCACAUCCGGGUGACGUCACGCCGCGACACCACGCCCGCCAGUCGGCCGACAGCGGGCGGCCGUCCACGUCUCAUUCUACCAAUUCAGGAUACCCCGGCCCGAUUCCCGGGCCAUUUCGUUAG